CAUCACUCCUUCCCAAAGCCACCGGAAGCAUUCCUUCUAGGAAAGGUGGAGUUGGUGGUGAGAAGCUUGAGGUGAGAAGAACCCUGAACGGACGGAUUCAUUCAUUUUCUGAAUUUCCUAUGUGAGGACGUAUUAGAGCCCAGUGAGGCUUUGAGAGGCCUCAAAGAUGAGCACCAACAGCAGCAGAGUGGGCCAGCUUCUCUUGCAGGCUUCAGCGUGCAUUAGCUGGAAGCAGGAUGUGGAAGGGGCUGUCUACCAUUUAGCCAACUGCCUCUUACUCCUGGGCUUCAUGGGAGGCAGUGGGGUGUAUGGAUGCUUCUAUUUUUUUGGCUUCCUGAGUGCAGGUUACCUGUGCUGUGUGCUGUGGGGCUGGUUCAGUGCCUGUGGCCUGGACAUUGUUCUUUGGAGCUUCCUGCUAGCUGUGGUCUGCCUGCUCCAGCUGGCACACCUGGUAUACCGCCUGCGUGAGGACACCCUCGCUGAGGAGUUUGACCUCCUCUACAAGACGCUGUGCCUGCCCCUGCAGGUGCCCCUACAGACAUACAAGGAGAUUGUUCACUGCUGUGAGGAGCAGGUCUUAACUCUGGCCACUGAACAGACCUAUGCCGUGGAGGGUGAGACACCCAUCAACCGCCUGUCCCUGCUGCUCUCUGGCCGGGUUCGUGUGAGCCAGGAUGGGCAGUUUCUGCACUACAUCUUUCCAUACCAGUUCAUGGACUCUCCUGAGUGGGAAUCACUACAGCCUUCUGAGGAGGGGGUGUUCCAGGUCACUCUGACUGCUGAGACCUCAUGUAGCUACAUUUCCUGGCCCCGGAAAAGUCUCCAUCUUCUUCUGACCAAAGAGCGAUACAUCUCCUGCCUCUUCUCGGCUCUGCUGGGUUAUGACAUCUCAGAGAAGCUCUACACUCUCAAUGACAAGCUCUUUGCUAAGUUUGGGCUGCGCUUUGACAUCCGCCUUCCCAGCCUCUACCAUGUCCUGGGUCCCACUGCUGCAGAUCCAGGACCAGAGUCCGAGAAGGGUGAUGAGGAAGUCUGUGAGCCAGCUGCGUCCCCUCCUCAGGCCACGCCAACCUCUCUCCAGCAAACACCUCCUUGUUCUCCCCCUCCAGCUGCCACCAACUUGCCUGCACCUCCUUCCUGGGCCAGGUUGUCCAGGCCAGACAGCGGCAUCCUGGGUGAGGACUCCUCCAGUCUGGUGCUGGAGGAUUUUGAGGAGGUGUCAGGAUCAGAAUCAUUUAUGGAUUAUAGGAGUGAUGGGGAGUACAUGAGGUGAAGGGAGAACUAACAUGGGCACAGCCACCGGCUCAGGAUCCUAUCUUCUAGAAUUCCUCUCCAGAGCUACUCUCCAGUUAUAUCCAGAGGACAGGCCCCUUUGGCUCCAACCCACACGCCUGAACUUUAAGGAUCAUUGGACUAUCUUCUCUGUGGCCAGCACAGCUCUCUUCUGUGUUCACAGACUGGCACUGAUAGUCAUGCCUCUUUCCCCACCCACUGGAAGGCUCACAGGCAAGGUGAGAGAGGACACAGAAGGUGCCAACACUGUCGCUACAGUAAGGACCUUGAGUGACUUUGAGAAAUUCCACCCUCAUAAGCCUUCCUUCAGGAGCAGGCAUUGGAAGUGCAGAGGCACAGAUUCCAUUCUUUACCAGCUGCAGAAUCUUGGGCAAGUUGCAUGGCCUCUGUGAGCCUCAUCGGUAAACAGUGGGGGUUAUGAAACCCACCUCACAGGGUUGUUGUGAGGAUCUGAUGAGUUGAUUUAGGUAAGCACCUAGCACAUGGCAUGGCACCAAGUAAGCACUCAAUAAAUCACUCAAUUCCUUUCCCUA